AUGCACUUUCCCUCCGUUCUCGUGGCCUCAGCGGCUCUGCCAGCCUUAAUCACGGCGCACGGCAGCGAGGGCAUGCCUCAAAUCUUCGGACGCAGGAGCGUUGCCGAGCUCAAAGCAAGAAACAUUAUGGGGCCAGUCCGGGGCGAAGGAUCAUUUGAGAAGCGCGCUGGGUUGGAAGCUCGACAAGGAGGAAACGCAGAAGGCCGAUGUGGAGCAAACAUUGGCACCUGCGCUGCCGGUUACUGCUGCUCAAGCGCUGGCUGGUGUGGUCAAGGAAAGGAUUACUGCGCUGCUCCUGACUGUCAAUUUCUGUACGGCCCAGGUUGCGAUGCCAACACAGUCCCAGCUGGCACCAAUACUUCGACUGUUGCGCGCCCUCUGAGCGGGAAUGUGCCUUAUGGUGGAGCGGGCGUGUUCGACUGCGUAGUUCCCGGCACCGUGGCUAUAACCUACGACGACGGACCAUAUAUUUACACCGAUGCUGUCUUGGACAUAUUUGCAAGCUACGGCGCGAAGGCCUCCUUCUUCAUCACCGGAAACAAUCUUGGGAAGGGCCAGAUCGACAACGCCGCCAAUCCGUGGGCGGCGAUGAUCAGGCGUAUGCAUGCUGAGGGCCACCAAAUUGCCAGCCACUCGUGGAGUCAUCAGGACCUCAGCGCCGUCUCACGGUGGGAGCGUAAAAACCAGAUGUGGAAGAACGAGAUGGCUCUGCGGAACAUCCUCGGUUUCUUCCCUACAUACAUGCGUCCCCCGUACUCGAGCUGCACUGCUGCAUCCGGGUGCGAGGCGGAUAUGAGGGAAUUGGGUUACCACGUAACCAACUUUGACCUCGACACCGACGACUACAACAAUGUAACCCCCGAGCUCCAGCAGAAUGCAAAGAACAGGUUCUCGAACGCACUGAGCGGCAGCAAUCCCGGAGCGGACGAGUUCUUGGCCAUCGCACACGACAUCCAUUACCAGACCGCUUACAACCUGACUGGGUACAUGCUCGACACCCUGUAUAAGGCGGGCUACAGGGCCGUCACUGUCGGAGAAUGCCUCGGCGACCCCGUAGCGAACUGGUACCGCUCUUCCAGCGGCAGCGUUAUUAGCUCCGCCAGCUCGUCUGCAGGACCAACCUUGUCCGCUACAUCCAGCGCUCCCGCGGCGUCCGCCACCAAAGCUUCCACGGACGGAUCCUGUGGUGGCACCACUGGACAGACCUGCUUAGGAGCUGCCUUCGGCAACUGCUGCAGCCAGUACGGUUGGUGCGGUGCUACCGCCGACCACUGCGGUACAGGCUGCCAGCCCGGCUUCGGCAACUGCGGCUCUAACGGCGCCAGCAGCUCCGCCGCCCCUACGUCCACUGUCGCAUCCUCCAGCUCCUCCGCGCCGCCGGCUAGCACCAACAAGGUCUCCGUUGACGGCUCGUGCAGCGGCACGACGGGCCAGACGUGCGCGGGCUCUACGUUCGGGAACUGCUGCUCGCAGUACGGGUGGUGCGGCUCAACAGCCGACCACUGCGGCACGGGGUGCCAGUCCGGUUUUGGCAAUUGUGGCUCCAACGGCGCCAGCUCGGCCGUCCCCACGUCCGCCCGCCCCUCAUCCACUUCGUCUGCGCCACCAGCAGGCACUAACAAGGUCUCUGUUGAUGGGACGUGCAGCGGAACCACGGGCCAGACGUGCGCGGGCUCUACGUUUGGGGUUUGCUGCUCGCAGUAUGGGUGGUGCGGCUCAACAGUUGACCACUGCGGCGCAGGCUGCCAGGCCGGCUUCGGGUCUUGCUCGGUAGGCGGCUCGGGCAGCGUUGCUUCCUCUUCGCCGCUAAUUAGCUCUUCAGCUAUGACCGCGCCCGUAACUACUUCGAGGGCUAGCUCGGUGGCUCCCUCUGCGACGUCGGCGCCGCCAGCGACGGUGACGAAAGUCAGCACGGAUGGCAACUGUGGCGCUGCGGCCGGCAUGACCUGCCGCGGCUCGACGUUCGGGAAGUGCUGCAAUGCGAGCAAUAGGUGCGGCAACAGCCUUUCAAGGGAUUGCCAGAGGGGCUGCCAGAAGGCGUACGGGCAGUGCUUGUAG